CAGGAUAUAGGUUUUUUUUCUACCUGUUUGAGGGGAUCAGAUACUGGCUUUAGUCACAUCCUGUGCAGUGAGACUUUUAACCGCAUUAACAACCAGGUCCCUCUCACUAGCCGCUUACUCACAGACCUAACUUACUGUGAAGUGCAACUACAUUUACUAAGAAGGGCAUUUGAAAAAGAUGUGCUUUUUUUUAAAGAUGUAUGAGAUUUAGUUUCCAAUGUAUUUUAAUCUUGUACUUUAAGGCUAGAAAUAGCCUAUAUAUUCUAACAUUGACAGGAUACAAUGUAAACAAAUGAAAUACUGAACUAUAGGUUAAGUGUGUGUGUGGGGAUGUAGGUGAGAGAGCAAGGGAGAAGAGAGACUAAUGUUACCUCAGAUAGCAGAAGCACGUGUAGCUCCUCCCCUGUAUCCUUUGGUUCUAUUUUGAUGGAUGGUGAUAAGUCAUCAACACAUAGGCUACUCAGUGAUUUUUCACACACAGGCAAUUUCCAUAUAAUUCACUCUGAUAUUCAAGGUGGUCUAGCUCACAGCCAGAAAGGCGUAUUGCGCUGUUUUAAAGAAACCUCAAGUCAGGGCUGCACCAACCCUGAGUAAUUGUGCUCAUUAUGAGAAGGAUUCUAUACCUAAUGGUCCCUAUGAAUGGACUUUUUGCAGGCUUUGUUGAGGGGAAUCAAGACUGCAGUUCAUGUUACCAGUUGGACAUUGGAGUGGUUAUUGGGAUCAUCACGUGUGACAUCAUCCUCACGCUCCUCAUCGCUCUCUCAGUCUACUGUUUUAUUUCCCAUCAGAAAAGGAGAGGCAGUUUACAUGCGCAGACCAGUUUCUAUGGGUCAGGCAAAGCAAAAAAUCACCAGCCAUCAAUGAGGUCAAAGACAAUUGAAGUAGAAUCACCUUAUCAGGAACUUUAUGGAGUCCAAUCAGAUAUAUACAGUGAUCUUCAGCAGUAUCGGAAAUGAGGUGACCGUAUGACAUGUAAUGGUAAUAAUAAUGGGUCACGUACAAGAAUAGUUGGAGAUUGCAUAAGUUCAUUAAGUUGUCAAACUGCAUCAUACAAAUGUGUAUUUACCCUAAAUAAGCUAUAGUACUUGAUUUAUGCAAACAAUUUUUUUUAUAAUUUUGAUUGGUUGUGCCAUACAUAUAAAAACAUGAAUAGAAAUAAAUAAAUGUUCAUGGUUUAUGGAAAUGAAAUGAUCUUCAAAAAUUUGUAUUCUAAAUUUUUUAAUAUAGCUGUCACAGUUGUUGUCAUUUUUAUUUAUUCAUAAUAUAUCUUUGUAAUGAAUCUAUAUCAGAAUAUAAUUCCCUUGUUCUUCGUGUAUAAAU